GGUUUGAAUUAUCCAGUUGUUCUUAGUGGAGAAACUCCAGAUCUAGGGAACUUUACUAUAGAAAUUAUUGAUAGUUCUGGUAAUCAAAUUCCCAAAAUUGCGGCCCUGAAAAAUGAAUCAAUUGAUUUACAUAAAGCUCAGUUUUGGGGACAUUUAGUCCCAAAGGGUGAUAUUUGGCGUGCUAAAGACUAUCUAAGUAAUCUUUUUUCCGAAAGGAAACGUAAAAGUUUUGCGGAUGAAGUGGAUCCUUCUCCGCCACAUCUACUUUCCAUACCCAAUAAAGUUCAAGAAAAUUCUAAUUUGUAUAUAUUUCAAUUGAUGGUUGAAGCACCGUUCCAGUUUGACAUACUUUUUAAAUCAACGUCAUCUCCUGCACAUUUAGAAGAUUUUACUUCAAUCCUUGAAUCAAAAUCAAAAAAUUUUGACACGAGAUUCGAAAAUACUUUUGGCCUGGCUUCAAAAGGGUUUGAUGAAAACCAAAUUAGUUUUGCUCACGAAAUAUUAAGUAAUUUGAUUGGCGGAAUCGGUUAUUUUUAUGGAACAAGCAUAGUUGAUAGGUCUUAUAUGAAUGUUGACGAAGACGAAGAAAAUUUCUGGGAUAUAAGUCGGCAGGCUAAUCCUCAAUUAACGUCACCAUCAUCUUUAUUUACAGCAACACCAUCGCGCCCAUUUUUCCCUCGCGGAUUUUACUGGGACGAAGGAUUUCAUCAACUUCUGAUUGGAAAUUGGGAUAAUGAUCUUAGUUUGGAUAUUAUCAAACAUUGGGUAUCAUUAAUUGACGAUGAUGGAUGGGUAGCACGUGAACAAAUUUUAGGAGAAGAGGCCAGAAGCAAAGUUCCACAUGAAUUUCAAACACAAUAUCCACAUUAUGCCAAUCCACCAACGUUAUUAAUGCCGCUUGAAGCUUUUCUUGAUCGGUUAGACUAUGAAAAUAAACUUCAGCAUAGCAUUAAUGUUUUGGCAUUAUUGUGUUUGAUAAAAUUUUCGGCACCAUAUCCAAUGAGUUUCGUCGGCAUUUCUCCAGAUUUAGACUUAUCAAGUCAUAUUGUUAACUUCACAAAUUCCGCAUCAACACGUUACCUUAAUGACAUAAAUUUGGCAGAAAGUUAUUUAAAAGAAAUAUACCAAAAGCUAAAACUAAAUUAUAAAUGGUUUAGGAGAACGCAACAGGGAGAAAUUAAAAAAUGGGGUAGAAGUGCUAGUAACAGCGAAGAGGCUUAUAGAUGGAGAGGCAGAACUCCGGGACAUACAUUGACUUCUGGGCUUGAUGAUUAUCCAAGACCGACCCCACCACAUCCUGCAGAAUUACAUGUUGAUUUAAUGUGUUGGGUAGGAUUCAUGGUAAGAUCACUUAGGGAUAUUGCUAAAAGGUUAAACGAAUGGCAUGAUUUUGAGGAAUUUGAUGCGCAGUAUAAAAAUAUUGUUAAUAAUUUACAUGAUCUGCAUUGGAAUGAAGUUGAUAAGACUUUUUGCGAUGUUUCAUUUGAUGGAGAGAAAUCAAUUUAUGUCUGCCACAAAGGCUAUAUAUCACUGUUUCCAAUGUUACUUGGUCUAUUGCCCAAUGAUUCGCCAAAACUUGAUGCUAUUUUGGAUCUAAUGUAUAAUCCUGAUGAGUUAUGGUCACCUUACGGAUUGAGAUCACUUUCAAAAUCUAGUGAAUAUUAUUAUACAGGAGAAAAAUAUUGGAGAGGCCCUGUUUGGAUGAAUAUUAAUUAUUUGGCUUUGUCUUCUUUGUAUAAGAACUAUAUAGCAAAACCAGGACCUUAUCAACAUAAGGCAGAUAAAAUAUAUCAAGAAUUGAGAGAUAAUAUAAUUAAAAAUGUUUAUAAAGAAUUUAAAAGAACAGGAUAUGCAUGGGAACAGUAUUCUGCUAUUAAUGGUGAAGGUGCUAGAAG